AUUACUUGUACGUAUCAGCCCAAGGAACUCUUCCGACAAAAAUGUUGAAAGGCGCUCCAUUACCAAUCAUUCCAUUUAAAGAAUACGCCAGUCUUUUACAAAAAGCUAUUAACAGAUAUGGAGGCUCAGUGUUGCUAGCUGGUAGAGCAGGGAUGGGUCAACGAGAAGCUGCCUCACUUGUUGCGAAUAUGCAUCAAAUUCCGGUUUUCUCUCCAAAGCUAACAUCCACGUACGGCACCAAACAGUUUCGAAACGAUUUAAAAACGGUCAUCCAGAAUGCAGCAAUAAGUGGCGAACAAGUUGUUUUUAUUGUUGAAGAUUAUCACUUGCUACACGAAAAAUUUUUGCAAUCAAUCGACUCGGUCUUGUCAUCCGGUGAUCUUCCCGGAAUAUUCACUGCGCAGGAGUUUGAAAGCUGCUUAGCCGGCUUGCGAGAUCAGGCUUCCCAGGAUGCCUUUCGUGGCGAUUUGCAUUCAUAUUUUACUCGAAAAGUGAAAGCAAACCUGCACGUCGUUCUCAUUUUGAAUAUUGACAGCGCCGAUUUUGCUGUGAAGUGUUCGUCAAAUCCAUCACUAUACAAGGAAUGUGCGGUUAUCUGGGAGGAAACAUGGGAUAAGAGUGUCUUAACUCAGGUUGCGGAACUAAUUUUGUUGCAUCACAACGAAAAACCGUCAGCGGAUACUCUAGCUGCUUUCGGACAGAUGUAUCAGCUCUGCCCAACUGCGAUUGCGCCGCCAGCGAAAUUCAUUAGUUUCGUCGAAAAUUAUAACCAGAUUCUGAAAAAGAAACGAACCGCCGUGGAGUCACGCUCGAAUAGGCUAAAAGUCGGAAUUGGUAAGCUAGCGGAAGCACAUGAGUCGAUUUCCAAAAUGCAGAAGAAGGCAGCCAAGAAGAGCAAAUUACUCGCUGAAAAGCAAACUGACGCUGAUAUGGCACUGAAAGCAAUAUCAAAAAGCAUGACGAAUGCAAAUGACCAGCGGGCUGAUAUUGAAAAAUUGAAAAUGGCAACUGCGAAGGAAAAUGAAAAGAUUGAGAAACAAAAGAGCUUGAUUGAGGAGCAACUGCGCGAGGUAGAACCGCUGCUGCGCGAAGCACGAGAAGCAGUGGGUUCAAUCAAACCGGAAAGUUUGUCGGAAAUUCGAAGUUUGCGUGCUCCGCCUGAAGCAAUAAGGGAUAUUCUGCAAGCAGUGCUUUUAUUCAUGGGCAUUUUCGACACAUCCUGGGAGGCCAUGCGAAAGUAAUC